AUGCUGACCGAGUUCCAGGUAUUUCUGCUCCUGUACACCAUCUUUCUCACGAUCGCAGGUGUGCAUGGAUUCGGACAGUCAAUAACCACCUUGGAAAUGGAUGAGGCCGUUAAAGCCGUCUAUAACGAGAUGGUUGGUCAAACAUUUGCCGUGUUAGGGAUGGCGAUUGCGAAGCUGUCGCUGGGUAUCUUCCUGCUCCGCAUUGUUAUCAAGCAAUGGCAUCGCAUAUCAAUCUGGGUAUCGAUGGUCAGCUUGUUGAUUGUGUCAGUGGCGACCGCCAUAAUCUUCUGGAUCCAACGUCUUCCAUCUGAAUCCAUAUAUGACCCUCGCGUCCCUGGGCGUACCAUUGUCAGAGUCACUCCGUUCUCCGUUUUACUUGGAUCCUGGUGUGCUGCUGUGGACUUCUACUUUGCUCUUCUUCCAUGGCUCUUCAUCUGGAAUCUUAACAUGAAGUUCAAGGAAAAGAUGUCUAUCGCAAUCAGUUUGAGUCUGGGAUUCAUAGCCUGUGUAUGCGGAAUUAUCAGAACAAUCGACCUAGGUGGGCUGUCCAGCUCAAACUACACCGAGGAUACCGUGAACCUGAUAAUCUGGUCCGCCGUGGAACUGGCUGUCACUCUCAUCUGCGUUGGCAUCCCCACCAUCCGCCCCCUCUAUCGCAUCAUCGUUCAUGGAUCCAAUCUGGAGAGUUCAGAGGGCAGAUAUGUUAAGCAUGAGGACUCUAGCCAUUCGUCCCGCUUCCGUAUGCGGAACCUGACGAAGGACACUACUACGUCUUUUAGUCCUGUACAGGAGGGCCAUACCGAGACGUAUAUUACUCGUGAUAACCGGAGUGAUGAAGAAAUCCUUGUGGGUCAGCAUGGAGCUAGUAAUAAUGGCAUUCGCAUUCGGGAGGACGUGCGACUGGAGAGAAUAUGA